CCAUGCAAUCAUCAAUCGAAUGUGAACCUGACACUUCAUCGUCCCCAAACCAUCUGGCAAUCGCACUUGACGGCCUGCGAAUGAUUUUUGCAACUCGCACGCGGGCACGCACGCUCAUCUCCACCUCGAAUGCUCCUCAAGAACGACUAAAGUAGCACCCUACAAGCAGCCGGCGCACUGCGUCUUGCUUGACACAGUAGAUCGGCUUCGGUCCUCGAGGAAAACUUCGCUCGCCCAACUCGCCUCGUGCAUUUGGCGCAUCUCGAUUACCUGGCAGUCCGCUCCCUGCUCGACAAAGCGGCAUGCCAGGCAAACGGCCUUACCAAGGCCCGCCCUCAAAGGCCCGGAAUCCUUCGGGCACGACGAGUGGCAAGAAUGCUUCAGACAAGGUCAUCAAGAAGCAGAAACGCGGCCCAAGGGCCUACAUAGAUCUACCGCAAGCAUCAAAGCAGCCGGCCCGCGCCUGGAUUUCAAGCGAACAAGAGGACAACUCAGGAGAUGAAGACUUGCAAGCCGCGCUGGGUGCUGAAGAGAUGGCCGGAGAAGGAAUCGACAGUGAUGGCGAUGGAAAAGAGGGUAUCUCCCCGGAGUCGCACGCAAUGCACCUCGCAGAGAACGGCCUUUCGAGCAAAGGCAAAGGGAAAGCGUCGAAUGGCUUGGACUUCUUGCUGAAUUUGGAUGCUAAGGGGAUUAGCAAAUCGCGAGCCGAGUUGGCUCGAUUGAAGAAGCGCGAGCGCGCUCUGGAGCGUGCCAAAACUGCCAACCAGUCUCGAGAGGGCAGAUCGACCAGCGUGGGCAGCAGCAGCAGUAGCGCAAGCACGGACAUGCAGGGCUUGAGCGAUGACAGCGAUGCUCAAAAAAGUGUUCUGAGCGAGUUCAGUGAUACGGAUAGCCAGCUCUCAGACGAGGAUCGGGAGAUGGAUGUUGAAGCGGAGCAUGCCGCCCGCAUCAAGGAGGUGCAAGCACGUAAAGAUCGUGUCGAAGCACGUCAAAGCGCUGCAGCAGCAGAACGUAAGCUUCCUGUGCGCAGCAUGCGGGGAUGGGCAUCUGCCUCCGACUCCGAGUCUGGGCUCAGUGAUCGAGACAAUGGCUUUUCAGGCGCAAGGGACGCGGACAAGUCCCAGCAAAAGCCUAGCAGAGCAGUUCAUGAUCGCCUCCCAGAAGACGAGGAGACAGCGCGGGAAUCCACGGACGACGAAGAGCAACAGAAAGCCGCUCGCCGAGCAGCAAGCCGCGUGUCCACCAUCACAUCCAGUGCACGCUUCGGCAUGCUUGCGCCUUAUGAGAUCAUGGGGCUCAAGAAGCGAGGCGACCGCACACAGGCAGCAAGAGAGCAGAUUGCCAAGCUGGCCACGGACGUCGUCGCGGACCCGGAAAUGUCUCUCGGCCUGCUCAGAAGACUGGCUGUCUUCGCCAAUCGCAGCAUUCCUCCGCCGCCUGAUGCCGACAUCACGAACACUGACGGCAAGCGCUUUGUCGAUGAUGCUAUUCGAGGAGCGGCCAUCAUGAGCAUGUGUGCCGUUUUCACGGACAUCUUGCCAGGAUAUCGAAUCCGCCCACUGUCCGAAGCGGAGCGAAGAGAGAAGACGAACCAAGAGACUACACGCCGAAGGGAAUUUGAGCAGGGGCUCGUCGAUGUGUACCGACAGUAUCUCGAAACGUGCGACAAGGUCAUCAAUGCUCGUAUCGCACUUUCCGAAUUAGCACUACAGGCCAUGUGCGUGUUGUUGACACGUACGACCCAUUUCAACUAUCGAACAAAUCUCGUUCGUGCUUUAGUAUCACAGCUGUCGCGCCACGGUUGGAGUAAGUCGAGUGAGAUCAGCGCUCUCGCACUGAUCGAGGUGCUCAGCAAAGAUCUUAGCGGAGAGAUUUCCCUCGAGGUGGUGCGUCUACUGAACCGCAUGAUCAAGGAGAGGACAUACAGGGUCAAUGCACGGGUGUUGGAUCUUCUACUCCAUUUGCGCUUGCGCGACGAGCUAGGAAAUACCCGCGCAGACACACAGAGAGCGAGCAAAGGAGAGAAUGCGGACAAGCGCAAAGCUGGAAAGGACAAAGCGAAGCCGAAGGAGGUCCGGAAGGGGAAAGGCCAGCACUUGAGCAAGAAGCAGGUCAAGGAAAUGCGCGAGAGGGCGGAGAUCGAUGAAGAGAUGAAAGAGGCCAACGCCGAAGUCGACCUUGAAGAACGCGAGAAAAAUCAAACGGAGACCCUGAAGUUGUUGUUCGUGCUUUACUUCUCAAUCCUGAAGGCUCCUUCCGUGCCUGGUCCGUUGUUGGCCUCCUCGCUGGAGGGACUCAGUCGCUUCGCGCAUCGCGUCAACGUGGACUUCUUUCGCGAUCUUUUGGCUGUUCUACGCGCACACGUUGUCGAGGCUCGCCAGCACGCGGAGUCUGACCUGCUGCCUCGGCAUCCUUUGAAUGUGGAAGAGGAGGAGAAUGGGCCAGAUGCGGACUCAGCAAAAUACGACACGGCGGAGGGGAGCGAAAUGUUGCGUGAUGACCAAGCCUGGGGAGCUGGGGCGGUCAAGUCGCGCAGCGCCAGACGGGAUGGCGCCCGGGAAGCGCUUCAUUGUCUCGUCACCGCGUACGAGCUACUCUCGGGUCAAGGCGAGGCCCUCAACAUCGAACUGUCUGACAUGGCGGGACACUUGUACGCGAUCAUGUUGCCGCUAGCACUCUCACCAACGAUCGAGGAUCCUCCGGUGCUUCUGUCAUCUGGGACGAGCUCAGAGGCGCUGCUUGCUGGCGGGAUUAGCGGCAAGCACAACGGACCGCACAUGCAUAGCCAUCUUCUGCGCACAGAUGCUGACAUUCUUAUCAGAGCGCUGGAGCUGGCUCUGCUGAGGCCACGCAUAGCCACAUUCAGUUCUGAGGUCAAUGCUGCCUUCGUCAAGCGAAUGCUAGCCUGCGCCAUACAUCUACCGCCUGCGACUGCUUGCCGCCUGCUUGUGGUUGCUAAGAACUGUAUUGCCCGGGAUGAAAAACUCGAGGCGCUGCUGGACACCAAUGACCGGGCGAAGAAUGGAAAGUUCGACGGGGAGAGUGACAACAUAGAUGCUGCUAGGCCAUUAGCCGCUGGAGAGGCUGCGUGGGAACUUCACCUUCUCAUCCAUAGCUCCAACGCAGAUGUUGCUGCAGAGGCAAUGAAGCUUGCCAAUUUGCAAAGAUGAGACUCGCAGUGUCUCACACUCACCCUUGGCCUCUGGCAAUUCAUGCUCUUUUCCAGAG